UCCUUUUGAUAUAAAAGGAACAUGGGAAGCUAUGGAAUAUUGUUAUAGAUUGGGCUUAGCAAAGUCUAUUGGUGUUAGCAACUUUGGUAUCAAAAAGCUCUCCAUGCUCUUCGAAAGUGCCAAAAUCUAUCCUGCAGUUAAUCAGGUGGAAAUGAACUCAUCAUGGCAUCAGGGGAAACUCAGAGAAUUCUGCAAGCAGAAAGGAAUUCAUGUGAGUGCAUGGUCACCACUAGGAGGAUACAAACUAAGUUUUGGUUCGCCUGCAGUGAUGGAGAAUUCAAUUCUGCGAGAAAUUGCUGAGGCUAGAAAGAAAAGUGUAGCCCAGAUAGCACUAAGAUGGAUAUACCAGCAAGGGGCAAUUCCCAUUGUGAAAAGCUUCAACAAGGAAAGGAUGAAACUAAACACUGAAAUAUUUGAUUGGGAAUUGAACCAAGAAGAAUUCGACAAAAUCAAUCAGAUUCCGCAAUGCAGACUGCAAAAGGUAGAAAUGUUUGUAUCUGAUAGUGGACCUUACAAAACCUUGGAAGAGCUGUGGGACGGUGACGCUUGAGCAAAUUCUUGUUUAUAUAUUCGAUGUGAUCAUGGAAAGUUAAUGUACUGAAUAAAUUAUUGUUUAAAUUCCUUAUGCAAUUGAAAUUUAACUUUUAUAUAAUAUCUUUGAUUCCCUAGCUGACAUUAAAUAAGAGAAAACACUAAGAAGAAUACUUGGAUUUAUUUA